CUCUCUCUCUCGAUUUCGAGAAAAAGUUUCUACUGAAGAAGAAAAAAUCUCUCAUUAAUCUUCAUCUUUUCUUCAACCCCUUCGCCAGUCUCACUUUAUUAAUCAUCAUCAUCCGAUCAUCAAUUGUUAACGAUCAUCAUCAUCAUCAUCAUCAUCAUCAUUAUCUUCAAUAUCGUUACAAGUUUCUACUUUCAGUAUUUUUUUAUCGUUCAUCGAGUUGAAACAAGACACAAACAACAACGAUUGUUAUGAUUUAUAAGAAUUGAUUUGUUAAUUUCGAUAUUUUUUCUUUCAACCAAAGUGUCAACAACAAUACGAUAACCGAUUAAUUUGGAUAGAAAACUUUUCCCCAAUUUAAUUUAGUUUGUUUGAUUAUUCACAAUGACAAUUGAAACCAACGGCGGAAACAAAGCUGCUAAAAAUGGGACAUGUAUCAACAAUCAAAAUGAUCAGGUAUUAAAAGUAGUUAAUUGUGAACAAUCAGUAGCUAAUUGUGAUCAAGUUGAACGAGGUCAAUGGGGUCGAGGAUUUGAAUUUCUGUUAUCAUGUAUUUCCCUUUCCGUUGGAUUAGGAAACGUUUGGAGGUUUCCUUAUGUUGCUUAUACUAAUGGUGGAGGUGCUUUCUUAAUUCCCUAUCUUAUUUUGAUGUUUCUAAUUGGAAGACCUUUGUAUUAUAUGGAAUUGGUUUUGGGUCAAUUUUCUGGUUGUGGACCAAUUAAAGUUUGGAAAGUUGUUCCUGCCUUUAAAGGAAUUGGAUUUGCUCAAAUGACAAGUUGCUCUUAUGUGACAAUUUUUUACAAUUACUUGAUGGCCUUAACUUUAUAUUAUUUUUUUGCCUCAUUUUCAUCACCUUUACCUUGGACAAUAUGUGACCCAAAUGUCCACUGGUCAUCAUCAUUGUGUAAUAAUAAUUAUACUAAUUACAAUCAAUCAAAAGCUCGUGUUCAUCUUCCAGAAAAAUAUUUCCAUAAAGAGGUAUUACAUUUAUCAAGUGGACUGGGAGAGAUAACAUGGUUUAAUUGGAGAAUCGCAGGUUGCCUGUUACUCUCAUGGACUUUGGUGUUUCUAAGUUUAAUCAAAGGAAUCCAAUCUCUGGGAAAGGUUGCCUAUUUCACGGCCAUUUUCCCGUACGUGGUUCUCAUAGCAAUUUUAAUUGCCUCCUUAAUGGUUGAUGGAGCAGUUGAUGGAGUAAUUUACUUCUUUAAGCCCCAAUGGCAUCGUCUCUGGGACCCGAUGGUUUGGUACAACGCUGUUCUUCAAUCCUUUUUCUCGCUCGGUGUUUGUGCCGGUUCUUUGCUAAUGUAUUCAAGUUACAAUGAUUUUCGUAAAAAUGUUUACACAGAUGUGAUAAUCAUCAGUGUCUUGGAUACUGCAACCAGCAUUCUAGCUGGUUGUGUCAUCUUCGCUGUCCUUGGAUCGAUGGCUAAAAGUCAAGGUGUUCCUGUCAGUGAAGUUGCAAAAUCUGAUGGAACUGGAUUGGCAUUUAUCGCGUAUCCUCAAGCAUUGGGACAGUUCACAUUCUGGCCUAAUCUUUGGUCGGUUUCAUUUUUUGUUAUGCUUUUUACCCUUGGUAUUGGAUCGAGUGUAGCCCAAGUUGAGACAGCGAUAACAUGUCUUAAAGAUUCAUCGCCUUUCUUAAUGAAACACAAAACGUGGACUGCGUUCACUGUUUGUUUUGUUUACUUCAUCUUAGGACUUCCUUUGGCUACUAAUGGUGGAAUGUAUAUCAUGAAACUCUUGGAAGAAUUUGGAGUUGGAAUAACCGCUUUUCUUUAUGGGAUCCUUCAAGCGAUCGGAAUAACAUGGAUCUAUGGUUAUUCUAGAUUCGCGAAUGAUAUCAAAUUCAUGCUCGGCAGGCCAGUUAGUUGGUUCUGGCGAAUAACGUGGACAAUAUUAACUCCAUUUUUACUCGGGUCCAUCUUCAUUUACGGAAAUUACAAAGCCGCCAUUACUCAUCAUCAUUCUGAUCCACUGAGAAACGGAAUUCCUGUUUGGGGCGAAAUGCUAGGAUGGGCCUUGGCUUUUCUCGCUCUAUUGCAAAUUCCACUUUGGAUGAUGAUCACAAUUUACCAACAAUCAGGGGAUUUCAAACAAAAAAUAAGAAAAGCAUUCAGUCCAACUAAAACAUGGGGACCCAGGGAUCCAGUUCACUUCGAGGAAUGGUUGAAAUAUAAAAGCUCAUUGAAACAUCCGAAAAGUUCAGCCUACCAAGUUAAUGCUGGUUUCGUGAUGGACAAUUAUAAUUCAAGUGAUAAAUCAGUUUAAUCAUCAACAUUAAUUGAACGAAAAAAUCAUUAACUAAUCAACUUACAUUUACCUUUUCAACUGUACAAACCGAAAUCAAAGUCAUAUAACUUUAUAUAAUCCAUCACAAUUUAAUCGUCAAUAUUUGAUUGGUGAUCUUUUCUCAUAAUCUAUUAAUUGUUUCCCUUUAAUUUGAUGUAUUAUUUAAUUAUCUUCAAUUUCUAGUGUAUACAACAUUCAACUUAAAAAGUGCCAGUUUAGCUCUACAAUAUUUAAUUGUAAUUCUUUUAAUUGUUUUUAAUUUAAACUAAAUUACUAAAUCAUUAAUCAAUCACCUUUUAAACUGAAACAAUGAACAAAGUUUAACUAAUUGAGUUGAUCAAAAAAAAAAAGUACAAUGAUGAUUAUGUUUAAAAACUUUUUGCUCAAUUAAACGAAACAAUUUGAUAACAAUAAUCAAGAAUUAAAAAAAAAUUGAUUGUCACAAUCAAGGAUAACCAUUUAUUAAAUAAGUCAAGGUUAAAAAAUUAACUGAUUAACAAUUAAGCUAAUAGAUAGUUAGACAAUUACUGGUGAUUCCUUAAUUUUUAUGGUUUGAUCAAUUAACUAAUUGAAAUUGCGAUACAAUGUUUUUGUUUUGUCAUCAAGAUGGAAAAGCAUAAGAAAUUAAUUAACAAUCAGAUUAAGAAGAUAUAAACUAGAGCAACAAUUUAGUAUAAAAGUUAUUAAUUGUUUGUCUCCUCAUCAAUUCUGGUUAAUAUUAACCAUCUAAUUGUCCAAAAUUUGCUAGAGGGUUAAUCAGAUAACAAUUAACAAUUAGAUUGAAAAUGUUGGUCAAUAAUUUGGUGAAAAUUUUUUUAACUUUGUUUCCAAUUUUAGUUAAAUCAGAUCCUGAUUAUGUUUCCCCUCGAACUGAAUUACCUUACAAUUCAACGGUAACUGAUUGUCGAGCCGUUGGUCGAGCCCGAUAUCAGCAUUCAUGUGUCUUAGCGCCAAUGACCACCUCUGGUCCAUAUUUUAUUCCGGAGCCACUUCGACGGGUCAAUAUCCGUGAAAACGAAAUUGGGUCUCGAAUGGAUUUGAUCAUCGGUGUAACUAAUUCCCGUAGUUGUCGACCAGUGUCCGGUGCUGAUGUUUACAUUUGGCAUGCCAACUCUUUCGGUAAUUAUUCAGGUUUCAACGAUUUAGCUGGUGUCCAAUGGGCUAACGAUGGUAAUUCAAUUCCACAAUUAACUUCCCGUUGGCUACGUGGUGUCCAACGAACAACCCAGACGGGACAAGUUCGAUUUAUUUCCAUUGUACCUGGUUGGUAUAGAGGUCGAUCGCUUCAUAUUCACAUUGAAAUUCGAAUGGGCAAUAAUCUGGUCUAUGUUGGUCAACUGUUUUUCACUGAAGAAUUUGGUGAACUUUUAGAACAAGUUUCCCAUAUAAUACGGUGACCACUCCUCGAACUACUAAUCCCGAUGAUGUUAGAUUCCAACAGUCUCGAGGUGCUGGAAUCCUAGUGACCACUGGUGACUUUGCCAGAGGAAUCAGAGCUUCGAUAACAUUGGGUAUUGAACCAACUCGAACUGUUCAAGAUCAAUUAAAUCCAAACGGUGAUGGCAAUCGGGAACUUUAAUCUACUGCCACAAGAAUAUUUUAAUUAUAUUAAUAGUAUUUAAUUUAAUCGAAAAGGAAAUAAACAAAGAAAAUCCUAGUCAAAUAUCUGAUUAAUUUUUGAUUCUUAUUAUUAAUACUUUGAAUUUUAUCAAAAUCAUAAUAAUAAUUGUUAUCAUAUUUAUCUGUUAAUAAAGGUUAAUUAAUUAGCAUUCAA